AUGAGCACAAUGAUGAAAUCCUGGUUUUUCCUCGACAUGUGGAAUGGAGCUGUUUUACUUUUUGAUGGACUUGGGAACAACACAAAAAUAGAAAAAGCUCAAACGUUUCUAUCAGAUGUCGAUAGAGUCAAUAAGCGAUAUGGUGCUGCAAGUUGGUCGUCGAAUUCCACUGAGUAUUAUUCAACAAUAAAUAAUACUUCAUCCAAGGUUGAUCCAUUUGGAAAAUUAUCUAAAGAAAUCAAAGAAUUAACCCAAUCUAUUCAAUCACUGAAGAUGAUUAAACAAGAUAAUCAACCUACACAAUACAAUAAUGAUCGUCAAGUCGUAGAAUGUUGGAAUUGGGUGAAUUAUGGUGCACGGACAGAACGAUACGGGUAUGAAACAGAAAAAGAAAAAAGAAAGAAGGAAUUCAAUUUACUGAUCUUACAACCAGCUCAUGGACCUUUAUUAGUAGACCGUGCAUCAAACCUGCCUUGGGUUUGUGAACGAUACUUGUCCAACAACGGGGUCUACGACAAGGUGAUCCAACUCUUUUCUCCUUUCCUAUUCAACAUCGCUCUUAAGCUUCUAUUAAAACAAGAUACCUCCUUCACUAGUCACACCUUCCAACAGGACAACGAUACCGAUAGGGCAAUCUAUGUGCGAUUCAAGUGUCUAGCGUACGCCGACGAUGACUGA